UAUUUCUUCCCAUUCACUAUUCAAUCUAAUUUUUUAAGCUGAAAAAAAACAAAAAAAAAAAACAUAUACGCAAUAAAAAUAAAAAUUCCUUCUUACCUACUUUAUUUAAAAUAAAGUUAAUUUUCUGAUUAAUUUUAUUUAAAAACAUAUACGCAAUGGGAUCACACAUAUUAAAGAUAAUUGUGUUUCUCCAUAUAUUAAUAAUUGUUGAAGCAUAUCUUUUAGGAGUUGUAAUAGCAGCAGGAGCCACAGGGAAAGCUAAAGAAGCAGCUGGAAUGGCCAUGAAAAACAAUAAAGGGCAAGAAUGGAGCAAAUCUUCAAAUGAUAAGUCAUUUGGAAAUCCAUUGAAUAACACACAUGAUCUAUCGUAUGGAAAGAAUUCAAGCCAAGACUCAAACGAGACUUUUGAUCUAUCUUCCGCGGAAAAGAGAAACACCCCCGUCCAAACUUCACAAGAUGGUCGUAAGCCAUUUGGAUCUCCCCCCAACGACAACAACAACAACAAAACAUCUGAUCAACGUUUACAAAAAUCUUCAAGAAACCAAUUCGACAACAACAAAACAUAUGAUCAACGUUUACAAAAAUCUUCAAGAAACCAAUUCGACAACAAAAAAACAUCCGAUCAACAUUUACAAAAAUCUUCAAGAAACCAAUUCGACAACAACAAAACAUCUAAUCAACGUUUACAAAAAUCUUCAAGAAACCAAUCCGACAACAACAAAACAUCUGAUCAACGUUUACAAAAAUCUUCAAGAAACCAAUUCAACCAGCUACCCAUCACCGUACCUUCAUGGAAAACACUCAACGAUUCCGAGCAACACUCCCCUAGAAUGUCGCCAUCGUCAACCAAGAAGAGUUCAAGCAAAGCUUCGAAAACCCGAACAUCGUCUAAGAAAUCUUACAAACAUUAUCACGAGCACGGAUCAAAGACACAUUCAAGAACAACCUCGAAAAAAUCUUAUUCAAAGCAAAAAUAUGGCAAGUAUUCUACAGAAUCAGUUGAUCGAAAAUCAAGUCAAGAUCUCAAAAUAAAGACAAAAACAAGCUCAAGAAAAAGUUCAGUUGGUUUAAGUUAUUCAUUAAGACAUGGAUUAGGAAAACCGCGUACCCAAUCUCUUAGAGUAACCCCGAUUAAGAGUUCACCAUCAUCUCCUUCUUCCAUCAAGUCAUCAACUCAUGGGUCUUACGAUAAACGUACAUUCCAAGGAUCUAGGAAGCUUCUACCCAAUGCCCAAUUGGAAUUUCUUAAUUAAGAUCGAUAUGCUUUUUAAUAAAGUUAUAUGUAUGCCCAGUAGAAUAAAUUAAAAUAGAUAAUUGUUCUAGCUAGUGUUUUUUUUUCAGAGGGGAAGAUUCACAAACAUUUUGAACUUUUUCUCUCUCAAAAUUAAUAAUAUAAUUUUGUCAUA